AUGGAAAAUAAUAACAUUGCUCGUGCUUUGUUUGGGCCAGAAGAAAGUCAGUUGAAGUUGGAUUGGCCAACAAGGCACAAGAUCUGUGUUGGUAUAGCUAGAGGUUUGGCUUACCUCCACGAGGAAUCAAGAUUGAAGGUCGUUCAUAGAGACAUCAAGGCUACUAAUGUGCUGCUUGAUAAAAACCUUACCCCAAAGAUAUCUGACUUUGGAUUGGCCAAGCUUGAUGAAGAGGAUAAUACACACAUUAGCACCCGUAUUGCUGGAACUUAUGGAUAUAUGGCACCCGAAUAUGCAAUGCGGGGUUAUCUGACUGACAAAGCAGAUGUUUAUAGCUUUGGAAUUCUUGUAUUGGAAAUUGCUAGUGGGAGGAACAACACCAGUUACCGUUCAAAGGAAGAAAGCCUUUAUCUUCUUGAUUGG